GCAGCGGAUGACAGCCGUACGACCUGUGGCGUAUAGUCUGUCACCCGCAUCGCAUCUGUAAUUGUCGCGCAGCACCGCUCGGUGUCGACUGAUUAAAGUUAAGAAAACAUCGUCCGAUGGGAAAUCUGUUGAAGCUGCAGCGCGUCUCGUAUCGCAUACACGUGUCGCAGCAGCAGCCGCAGCCGUAGCGUCUGAAACAGCCGCAGCAUCCGUCCGCGAAAACAAAAAACAGCAGUAGCAGCAGCGAGGGUAGCAGCGGCGGCAGCAGCGGAGACGCGGCAGUUGUGCAUGACGAGGAUGAGGACGCAGCGAAAAGCCUCGUGGCGAUCCGCGUCGCAGUACGAAAAGAUUCCCCUGAUGACGAUCAAAAACAUGUCGGACGAAGAUAGCGACGCCUAUGACACAGGCCAAGGAAUUCUAUCAGCAAUUGAGGACUUUGUCGAAACGACGCUAGUGCUGAAGAAGGACCGAGAGUUGGGCAUCAGCAUCAUCGGGGGAAGCGACACGUACCUCCAUGCCGUAUGCGUCGACGAGAUACACGACGAUGGCGCUGCCUAUCACGACGGCAGGUUGAGGAGAGGCGACCAAAUACUAGCCGUGAACGGAGUAAGUUUGCAGCAGCUGACGCAUGCGCAGGCGCUGGGCACGCUUCGGGAGGCUUCGUCACCACUUCGGCUCUCAAUCCUAAGGGAAAAUCCGGAAGCCAUCUUCACCACUACCGAGACGCCAAAAAAAUUUGCAACGGUGGAGAUAGCAAAGCCUAAUCCUUUCUGCAAGUUCGGCAUUAGCAUAUUAGGAAGAAAGGACGGAAUAGGCGUUUUCAUCACGUGGGUGCAACCAGACAGUCCAGCCGCUCGAAGUAACAAGAUCCGACAAGGCGAUCGCAUACUCGAGGUGAACGGACAGGACGUGCGACGGUGGUCGCAGAAAAAAGUAGCGAAUCUACUCUGGACGACGGUGGGGCCGAUGGUUCUGCUACUGGGCAGGUUUCCCGAGCUUAGCGCAUCCAUACAGGCAUACACGAAAAGCAAGAUGUUUCCGUCGAGAGAGCGCAGCGGCACCUGGUGUGGGACAAAGCUAGGUUCGCCGACCUAUCAGAACAUGACGAGGCCGAAGCCGCCCGUGAGAAUAGAGAUGGUGACGUCUGACACGGAUAACAGCAGUGAUUGCUUACGGGUAAUGGCGCCGGAGAACGUACGCCUACUGAACACGCACAUAAGUCCGAGCUUCCAACGCGCGCGCAGCAAUACCGAGGUCGUCUGGGGUCAGAGGAUGCGCAACUGCCCCGCCCUUCCGCUCUACAGCCUCGCGAAGACCUCGACGACGACCAAGCCCGCAUCGAACCACGCCGACGUAGCUGCAUUGUGAUGCAUGGCCUGCCGCCGAAUUUUUUUUUACCGCCUUUGGGGGAGAGUUUCGUACGGUCGUUACUUGGUCGCCGAGCCGACGUUCGCGUAGAGAUUUGGCGGAUACGUGCGAUAUGAGAAAUCGGCGGAUGGUGGACUCACGACGACAGGUGGCGUCGUCGUCGCCAGCCGACGAGCGUGCGAUGAAAUGAGGAUACCGAGGGGCGGAUGAAAUAGGUGUGUCACACCAAGAAAGGUCGUGCUUGCGCUGUGCGCGUAUGUGUGUGCGUGCGUGUGUGUGCGUGCGUGCGUGCGUG